AUGACAAAAGGACUCCAGCCGCGCUGGUCGGUUGACCGGGGGCGCCAAGAAGCAGAGAAAGGGCGCAAUUUCGUUCGUCUGCUCCGAGGCUCGGCGGCGGCGGCGGCGAUGGAGCCUAAUCUCCGGGCGGAGCGGGGAAAGGGCUGGAAGAGGAGGGACGGCGGGAUGAGGCCGGGCUCCCUUGUUGCCAUGCUGGUGUGUGCCAAGGUAAAGGCGCCACCUCUGGCGCUCAAACUGCAGCCGGCCCGCCUCCCCUCGGCUCUCUCUCUUCCCCUGAGAGAAGGCCGCGCUCCCCAACCGCGGCCAGACCGCUCCAAGCCAAGCGAUCAGGCGACGCGUUCUCUGGGUGGGCGAGUCGCCAUGCAAAAGCGCGACAGCGGAGCCGGCGGUGGCGGCGUCAGGCAAGCCUGUGGCAGCCUCUGUCCCAACAGGGUGCAAGAUUUGGCCGGCAGGUUGGGCAAAAAGACGGGCAAAGUAGAGAGAAAGGUGCCACGGAAGAUCUUGCAUCCCAGAAGCUGCCCCAUAAUUAUUCAUAACGACCCAUCUCCGGACUCAAUAGAGGCUGCCUUUGCUACCAUCGAUUGGCAAGAUUUAGCGGACUGCACCUCAGCCUUUCAGCGGGAAGCUUCUACAGACGCCGCUCUUCAGCAGAUAAUAUUUGGAUGGGAGAUCAUUAGAAGAUUCCAAAGCCAAAACCGGUGUAUAGCAGCGAAUACCUCCAUAGGUAUUCCCUUGCCCUUAACGGCCGUGACAGUCCAACAUCAGCCUUCUUUUCCUUUGGCAGCAAUGUUAGUGCGAGCUUGUUCCCUUCGCUGCCUGGGGUGGCCAGUGGAUUUGCAGAGCCCUUCCUUGCAACCCGAGGACGACUUUGAUUUCCAGGAGUUUCGAGAUGCCGUGGAUAACUUCUUAUCUGAUCCUUCCCCUCUGAUGGCUCCUCUGUUGGAUUUUCCUUUCCCUGGAGAUAAUGGAAGCCCCCCCAGUCCCUGCCUCCAGAAACCUAUUCAAAUCGAUCCAAACCUAGAGAGUUUCUCGUCCACUGAGCAAUACUGGAAAGAAUUGGCAGAUCAAAAUCAAAAGGCGCUGGGGGAUGCACUUGUGGAAAAUAAUCAGCUACAAGAGACAUUGACCCAAAAGCAAGAAGAAAUUGCUUCUCUGAAGGAGAGAAAUAUCCAGCUGAAAGAAUUAGCCAGCCAAGCUAAACAGCUUGCUUCUGUGCUAGAUAAAUUGAUGCUCCCUCAGAGCAAAGACAAUGCUGACCUUUCCCUCAGCUGUGGCCCCGGCAAGAGAAGCCUUGAGCAGAUGUCAGUUCCUGAGCCUGAGGAGGACAUGGAAGUGGAUGAAAUCUUAAGGGAAAUAUCGGAAAAAUGCAAUGCAGCCCUGCAGUCCAUUGAUGACGACAGAGGCCCAAAGCGUCCUCGUGGAGAGAAUGAAGCCAUCCACAUGUACGGAGCUUUCCAUGGGCUGCAGACGUGCAGCACUCAUAGUUCCCUGGACUUAAGUGGCAGUGAAUUUGAGGAAGGGGUGUCCUUCAAGACGUCCAUCAAAGAGCACUGUAACAUUAGGACACUGGCCUUUCCACAAGGCAAUGCUUUUACUGUUAGGACAGCCACUGGGGGCUACAAGUUUAGAUGGGUCCCCAGCUGAUUGAAGAGGGAAGCAAUCAGCUAACUACACUUGCCAAAAUCCUAUUCAUGCUCACUUAUAAAGUAGUGCGGUGUGUUAUAGACGGCUCACAGAAGUCAAGAAAAAUUCAUUGGAAAAAAAACCAAAUCCUGUUAGGAUUGUCCAUGCAGGAGGAUCAAAAAAAGUGGCCUUGAUGGUGGGACUGAAACUCUGCUUUAUUUUAUGCACUAAAAAGGGGUGGCAUGUCAAUUGUAUGGAGGCAUAUUAUCCCCUCUCCCACUGCAAGGAUAUUUACGGUGCUAUUCUAUCACCUACCUGGUCUCAAUACUUGAAUUACCUAAAUGAUCCAAGGUCAAAACCGAUUAGAUAUACUUUAGCAAUAGCUGCUUGAUUUUUUUUUUUUAAUUGCUGACUGGCAAUGCCAAUCAAAGUUGGCUUCCGUAGCAUAGUUUUGUUUGAUGAUGUCGGAUUACUCCCUCUACCUCCACACGAUCAUCAUUGUUCUUUUCUUCAAGCACCUCAGAAGAGCAACUUCUUCUAAAGCUGCAUCUCGUGUCUUUUUGUCUUCUAGCUAGAGUAGCUUCUCUCUUCUCACUGCUUUCUGCUGUUUUUUUUACUUUACCUUACAGAUGCCUGGAGGUUUAUUUCUCAUACUGCUUCAGAAGAUUUUGUCCCUAGAGACAUCUAACAAUGCCAGUGCAAGAGAUUUCCUCUCUGGAAAGAGCUCCUGAUUUUGCACAAGUGUUUCACAGAAUGGAUAUUUAGGCUUAUUGACUGAAAUACUUUUAAGCAGAGGUGGUAUUCAGCAGGUUCUGACCAGUUCUGGAGAACCGGUAGUGGAAAUUUGGAGUAGUUCAGAGAACCGGUAAAUACCACCUCUGACUGGCCCCGCCUCAUCUAUUCUCUGCCUCCUGGGUCCCAGCUGAUUGGGAGGAAAUGGGGAUUUUGCAGUAUCCUUCCCCUGGAGUGGAGUGAGAAUGGAGAUUUUACAUUAUCCUUCCCCUGCCACGCCCACAAAGCCAUGCCCGCAGAACUGGUAGUAAAAAUUUUUUGAAUCCCACCAGUGGUUUUAAGGCUAAUUUGUAGAGUUAGCUGCCAAAUAUAUGGUAUACCCGUACAAAGUUUCAAAGUUCAAGUGAAGCAUCCUUCCAUCAUUUGAUGAUUAGGUAGCUUCACAAAUCCAAUAAAUAAAUCCCUUUGAUGUAGUUGCUUGCUGAUUUUUGAUGGUCUUCUCUGCACACACGUAUAUGUGCACAAAAAAUGAAAAGCAUAAAUGUUUAGAAGUAGCUGGGCAAAGUUGAAUAGUCCAUCUGAAGAUUUGAAUGCUUUCCUUGAUGGUGAUUGCCAUCAAGGUAGAUUUGCAAAGCAAAACAACACCUCCUCACAUAAUUCCACGUAGUGUAUGAUAAUUCAUUCCAUGGCACAUUUUUCAAUCCCACAUUAUAGAAAUAUUUGCUGUACUGAUGUACACAACCCUUUUGUUUUCUUCAAACACUACUUGAAUGGACCCAACCUUUUCUCCUGAUAGGGAGAAUAUCUUUUUUUCAAGUAAUCAUCUCUCUGUUUAUCAAGGUUAUAAUGUUCAUAGGUUUGACUAAGGAGAGAGGGAUUUUCAGGAAAAUUACCUAUGAAGGGCAGUAUAAAUGAAAUUUUCAAGUGGAUAGUGAGAGAAGUGUGACAUUAUGUAUAGGAAAAAAAUCCAGAAAUCUUGACAGUUGUUGCUGUUGUAGAUUCCACCAGAAGUUCUAGGUAGGUUUAUAGACUCAAACAAUCUAGAUUAACCAUCAUCAUCAUUGUCAUCAUCAUUAUUUGCUAUGGGCUUAAAUCAAUGGUGGAAUUCAAAUUUCUUUAUUACCGGUUCUGUGGGCGUGGCUUG